CAGCUCUUGGAUGUGCGAGUGUGUGCAUAUUCAUGCAAUGGAGAGAUGGCCGGACGGAUUGACCUGCAAUUUACUCAACUGUGUAUCUCGGUCUAGUUGCGUGGAUCCGUCUGAGGCAAGGCACGUCAGAGAGGCACUCACUGCCUCUGCAAAAUAACGAUCAGGCACACGAACAUACAGCUGUGGACUGCUUCGCAGUCGCCUUGAUAAGUCAACAGACGCCAGCACAGCACAGCACAGCAACCUUCGACAGUCAGUCAGACGAGACGGCCACACUUACUCACUCACUGACUCGGGCACAACCUGCAGUACUUCAAUCUCAUCAGCCUCGAAGACGGUAGCGCCUCCGAGCAGCACGUCAUCAUCAUAGUCUGUCUCGCCCUGGUAUUCAUCAUCAUCACACAAGAACUCCUUCUCCGGAAAAGCUUGCUGACAGCUCCUGAUCCAGUCCGGCUCAUUCCAGGUCUCUCGUGUUCCAAUGCACAGGUAGUCGUGGCCCACUUUCAAUGCGGAGCCGAGACUCUCGUCGCCUCUCCUGGCGACCACCACUUGCUGACGCCACUUGGGGAUAGGAAUCUUUCGUGCGGCAGGGUCGUCGAAAUGCCCCGCCAGCGAGAAAAACCACACGUCAGUGUCGUAUUUGUGGACGUCGUUGCCGUCUUCGGGCGCUCGAAUGCCCGCCUCUAUGUAGCAGCCGAAUAUGUACUCGUUUCUCCGGACGAGCAGCACCACCGGCCCGGUGCUGUUUUCCAUGAUGUCGAAGAAUGCGUCUUCGUCCCAUUCUUCUUUUGUGCCUCUGAAAACGGGGCGUAGAGUCUUGUCCGGCCCAAGCCACUCCUCAAGCUGAUCGAGCUGCUUUCGUCUCAAGGAACUGCCAAAGGUGGCCUACGUACGGAAGACAACGGUGCCGAAGUGAAUGUCUCUCCCCCUCGCUUACCAUUUUUUCUCUGAAUUCCUUACGUAGCUCCUCUCGAAUGUUCUCCUCCAGCUCGCGACGCAGCUGUGCACGGAUCAUAACCAAAUACACUCGUGAAUGAAUGUGUGCAGUCACGCUGCAGUGUGCGUCGGGCUCACCUCUUCAUGGUCCGUGGCAACGCUACCUCCCGCGUCAAUCAGUGAUGCGACGGUGCUCUCGCAGACGGUGCCCUUGAUGUCAGACACGCUCCGGUUGAGGCCACAAAUGGCGUUCUUGAUGGUCUCGAGCUCAUCGGUAUGUUCUUCCAGUUGUGAUGUUUGCUCGUCCAGUUGGGUGCCUCGCUCGUCGACUUGCAGAGCGUGACGGUCCAAUUGGCCCACAAUGUCGUCCAGCUGUACACAUGCGACACAUACACAGAACACACAAAUACACAUGCAAGUACAUGCGACAGAGCUGGCUUGCCUUGUCGUCCUCCACAAGCGAAAGGACGGACGAGUUGAUGGAAAGCAGCAAUUGCUUCUGCUCUUCCAGCUGGGUUUUGAUCUCAUUCAUCACAGUGUCGCUGACGCUCCCCUGUCGUCUGAAGAUGGCUCUCGUCUGCUGCGGAUCUGCGCGAGACGUCAGCCCGUUGUGUCGACCUCCGAGAAGCAUCGCGUGGCGAUGUCGGAUCAGCGAGGGAAGGAUGAAGGCCGAACAUGAUUGGACAAGAAGCAAAAGACUGAGAGGGGCCAUCUUUGCGACAGUGCAAUGAAUUCCUG